AUGGCCACCAUCAAGGCUAUAGAAGACCGUUCCGUUCAUCAAAUCCAAUCGGGCCAAGUCAUUGUCGACCUGUGCUCGGUUUGCAAGGAGCUGGUGGAAAACAGCCUCGAUGCCGGCGCCACCUCAAUUGAACUGCGCUUCAAAAACCAGGGCUUGGAUGCCAUUGAAGUGCAAGACAAUGGUAAGGGCAUCGGACCGGAUGACUUCGAGUCUAUUGCUUUGAAGCAUCACACUUCCAAGCUUUCCAAUUAUGAAGAUCUCACCUCUCUGGACACCUUUGGCUUUCGCGGCGAAGCUCUGUCAUCGCUCUGUGCCUUGUCCAAAUUCCAUAUCUUGACAGCUCGGGCUGAAGACGGCGCCAUCGGCAAGAAGCUCGACUUUGAGGUUUCUGGAAAGCUCAAAGGCACUUCUGUGGCUGCUGCACAAAAAGGCACUACCGUCUACGUCGAGGACAUCUUCCACAACUUGCCUGUUCGACGCAGAGAGCUCGAGAAGAACAUCAAACGCGAGUAUACCAAAGUGAUUAACUUGAUGUACUCCUAUGCGUGUAUCAGUACAGGAGUACGGUUUUCGGUCAGCAAUACCAUGCCAAAGAGCAAGAAAGCUCCGGUGUUCGCGACCAAAGCCAACGCAACUACUAAGGAAAACAUUACCAACGUCUUCGGCGCUAAGACAGCGCUGGCUUUGGCCAAGCUUGACCUCAACCUCGAGAUGGCUCCUAGCAUGGGCUUAAGUACUCCAGGAGCAAAAGGUUGGUCAACCCAGGCCACAGAUCGUUCUAUGAUUGUCCGAAUCGAGGGCCAUGUCUCGAAGCCCAUAUUUGGAGAAGGCCGCCAAGCACCCGAUCGGCAAAUGUACUUCGUGAAUGGACGACCGUGUCUGCUGCCUCAAGUCGCAAAGGCAGUCAACGAGGUCUACAAGUCAUUCAACGUCUUACAAACGCCAUUCGUCCUCGCAAAUCUCAUCAUGGACACGAAUGCAUACGAUGUCAACGUGUCGCCGGAUAAGCGUUCUAUCAUGCUACACGACCAGACCGCUCUGCUUGAGACCUUCAAGUCUGCCCUAACCGAGAUGUUUGAGCAAACAGAUCAUACAGUGCCCCAGUCACAACUACCGAGUUUACCGAACCGUAACAUACCUGCAUACCAGCCCCUGACUAUCAAACGGGCCGAGCUGAAAACCAUUUCGUCGCCACAGAGCACCAGCGAGGCUACAAGCAGCGACGAUGUGUCAGACGUACAGUCUGGACAACCUCCGACGAAUGAACUACGAACAAGCUCUCCCUCGAAUCUAAUUCACAGCUGGAUUGGUCGUAACACUGAAUCAAGAAAGGCCCCGAAGCAGCAACAUUGCGCUUCCACCAAAGAAAAGGAGCUGUCCAUGAAAUUCAUGCCGGCAGCUUCCUCUCCGACUGCACUAGGAGAUGAUCCCAACGAACAAGACGAGAACCAAGCUGUGACAGAGCCACUUGAAGAACAAACCCCUAUUCCGGCAGUGGUGACGAGCUCGCAGAAAUCGACCCCAGGUUUGGUGCCCAACGCUUUUGACAGAAUGCGUCCUAAGCGUACACCUUUUCAGACUGCCGAGAUAACUGUUGGCGACGUGACAACGACGACUACCAUAGGCACAAGCCCGCCGUACAAGAAGCGCCGCACGUGCAAACCGGGCGAUUCUCAAAAAGUGGCCAACUAUGUUGCUAGUCCUUCCCUUGCGCGGAGUCUACGCAUGACUUUUGCCGCGCCCGGCUCCCAGCUGGAGGUGGAGAGCAGUGGCGUCGAUCCCAGACCGCUAACCAUGGAUGACAGGGACGGCGAUGACAAUGUACAUGCGGAGAGCCCACUGCGCUCAUCUCGUGCACUCUCAUCACAACCGCCAGCUUCGCCUGAUGCUCCGACAUCCGACCCGCUGGAUGACCUGACAUAUCUCGCAUCGGCAGACGAGGAUGAUGAGGAUGGUGAGUACAUGGACGCAGACGAAAAGAAGAUGCGAGAAGAUGAACGCGUAGCCCGAAUGAUCCAGGAGGCAGAAGAGGCUGCUGCUAGACCUACAGAAUUGAACCUUAAACGAGCAAUGCAAGCGCUUAAGAACGGUGGUAAUCGGAAAGGCUCAACACUGCAGCUAGCUACAUGUGUGCAGACCACUUCGGACAAGAUCAGAGCGCAGCUUGAUAUUCUCGCUUCGAAGUUGCAGUCGAGUACCGAACAGGACGAGAUUGAUCCGACAAGUGAGAGGACAAUCAUCGAAGACGAACUUGACUCAGCGGAAGCAGAGUCUCGCCUGUCACUCACGGUGGUGAAGUCCGACUUUGCUCGGAUGCAAAUCGUUGGGCAGUUUAACCUGGGUUUCAUACUCGCUAUUCGUCCGGGCAAGAACCUUGGAGAGGAAGAUGACCUGUUCAUCAUCGAUCAACAUGCCGCUGACGAGAAGUACAACUACGAGCGGCUCCGGCGUACAGUCACGUUGCAGUCUCAGCGUCUGGUGCGUCCCAAACAGCUUGAACUCACUGCCAUCGAAGAGGAGGUCAUUCUCAGCAACCGCGACGCUCUAAAAGCUAAUGGCUUCGAGAUCGAGACGACGUCUGACGCUACCGAGUCGGAUGAGGCAGUGGCGCCUGGUUCCCGGUGCCGCCUGUUGACGUUGCCGAUGUCCAGGGAGAAGACGUUUGAUCUGUCAGAUCUCGAGGAACUACUUCAUCUCUUAUCUGAAGAACCUCCUGGCAGUUCUGACGUUCCCCGACCAAUGAAGGUGCAACGCAUGCUUGCGAUGCGAGCCUGCCGGAGCUCGAUCAUGGUUGGCAAAACCCUCACUCAUGCGCAGAUGAAGAAAGUAAUUAAUCAUAUGGGAGAGAUGGAAAAGCCCUGGAAUUGCCCACACGGGCGGCCAACAAUGCGACAUUUGGCUGGCUUGAGCGCUUGGACUGGAUGGACGGAGGGAGAUAUGAUCGAUGACAACCAGCUUGACGCGGCGGAUGCGCAAGCAGGGCGCAAGACCAAUUGGAAGGCCUGGCUUGAGAGCCGCACGACGUAA